AUGUCUGGAUUAUCAGCGGCCAAAGCAUUACAGGAUGCUGGUCACAGAGUGACAGUGCUGGAGGCCAGUAACCGUGUAGGGGGUCGUCGUGUACUGACCUAUAGAGAUCCACAGGGCUGGUAUGGAGAACUGGGACCCAUGCGUAUUCCUCCAUCUCAUAGGCUUAUACGGGAAUUCAUUCGUCAGUUUGGAUUGCAGAUGAACCCUUUUAUCCUAUCUAAUGGCGAUAAUGUAUACAUGUUCAAUAAUAUAAGACAUCUACAAAAAGAUGUUGCUAAGAAACCAAACCUGUUUGGGUUUACGUUGACCCCU